CCAGCCUGAAUACACGUCACUGCCAACUCUGACAAUUUCAUAUGAAUAUCUUAACUCUUGCAUUCAUCGUAGGUUAACACAACCAACCAUAUAGUGUAUAAAUAUGUGCGUAUAUAUAUAUAUAUACACACGCAUGUAGACCCCCGAAUAAAGACACCACAACCCACAAACUCAACGCAAUUGAACAGAAAACUCUUGGUGAUUUCAAAAAUUUUCGAUCACUUGAUCACCUUUGAAAUUAGCUCUCUUACACAGAUACACUAUCUUAAACACACAAUGUCUCAAGAAAUAUUAGUUGCAGCAGAGCAAGCAGUGAAAGCCUAUGGAUGGGCCGCUAGAGAUUCCUCGGGAAUUCUCUCUCCGUUCCACUUCAUUAGGAGAACUACUGGUAGUAAUGAUAUCAGCAUGAAGAUACUCUAUUGUGGCAUUUGCCACUCAGACCUUCACUUAGCUAAGGAUGAAAUGGGACUGACUAUCUAUCCCAUUGUCCCAGGGCAUGAAAUUGUAGGGCAAGUGACAAAGGUUGGUAGCAAUGUCACAAGAUUCCAAGUAGGAGACAUAGCUGGAGUUGGGUGCAUGGUGGGUUCAUGUCGCUCAUGCGAUAACUGCAUACAGGACUUGGAAAAUUACUGCCCUAAAAUUGUAUGGACCUACAACAAACACCAUGAAGACGGAUCGAGAACCUUUGGUGGAUACUCUGACAAACUAGUAGUCGAUCAACACUUUGCCGUCCGAAUCCCAGAUAACUUGUCGUUGCAAGGUACUGCUCCCAUGCUCUGUGCCGGGAUCACAGUAUACAGCCCGAUGAGAUACUUUGGACUCAUGGAGGCUGGUAAGCACUUGGGGGUAGUAGGGCUUGGUGGCCUUGGUCAUAUGGCCGUGAAGUUUGCAAAAGCUGUUGGAGCAAAAGUGACUGUAAUAAGUACUUCUCCGAAUAAGAAGAAGGAAGCAAUGGAGCAACUUGGUGUUGAUGAAUUUCUGAUUAGUCAUGACCAGGAGCAAUUGCAGGCUGCCAUGGGUACAAUGGACGGUAUCAUCGAUACAGUUUCGGCCCCUCACCCUCUCUUGUCCUUGACUGAGAUGUUGAAGACCAAUGGAAAACUAAUUCUGGUGGGUGCUCCAGUACAACCUCCUGAACUUCCAGUUUUCCCCUUAAUGUUGGGGAGGAAGCUUAUUGCUGGUAGUGCAAUUGGGGGAAUGAAAGAGACACAAGAGAUGAUAGAUUUUGCUGCAAAGCAUAAUAUCACAGCGGACGUCGAAGUUAUUCCGAUGGAUUACGUCAACACCGCCCUUGAAAGAGUUGCCAAGGCUGAUAUUAAGUACCGCUUUGUCAUUGAUGUGGCAAACACUUUGAAUUCUCCAUAUUGAACAAUCAACAGAUUGGAGUUCUUUGCACACCUUCACAGCCCACCAUUUGGAAAUAGGCCACCAUGUUACGUAGACUUGGAAAUAAGGAUUAAUUUUAUGAGCAUUGCGAGAAUUAUUUGAUCUUAAGUUCAUACUACAAAGUUGAAGAAUGUAUUUUGAAGUGUUUGUGUGAAUUUAUUGGAAUGAUUUUUUUUUCGUUUUA